AUGCCACCCAAGAAACCGGGUGUAAACGAAGCGUCAGCGACAGCCGCUGAGACAGGCGAGCUGAAGUCAGUUCGACUUGCUCCCUCGGGACUCCCACUCUCGCCAACAGUAACGAACGACCCCCUGGAUCCGCUGAACUGGUCUCUUGUCCAGAAAUAUACUUGUAUCCUACUCGUCUGUUUUGCCUACUGCCUCCUCACCUAUUUCACGACGGCGUCUGUCCCGGCUUUUUCUGAGCUCGCGGUGCAGUUCCAUACCACUUAUACGAAAGUGAACUGGACCUUCGCGGUGCCAUGUCUCGGCCUAGCUAUGGGUCCCUUGCUCACCUCGUCUCUAGCGGAGACUUAUGGACGCCGCCCGGUGUUGAUUGCUAGCACGAUCGUCUCUGUCAUUGCGAGUGGGUGCACCUCGUUGAAGAAUACUUCGCUAUCGGGGUAUAUGGCUGCCCGAUUUUUCCAGGGUGUGGGCGCUGGGCCGUCUGCUAAUAUCGGGCUGGCCAUUAUCAAUGAUCUGUCAUUUGAACAUGAGAGAGGGUUUCGCGUAGGACUUUGGGCUAUGUCGGCUAAUAUUGGGAGUGUGCUUGGAGCUGUGGUGGGUGGCUUCCUGGCGUCAGUCUCGCAAUACUGGAUCAGUUAUCAUGUCACCAUCUUAUUUGUGGUGCUGCUGGUCUGCGAAUGCGUGUUUUUACCGGAAACACACUACCCACGAGCUGCGAUGCUCGAGCGAGAAGCCCAAGGUAGCCAGUCAGAGGAGAUGGAAUCCGAUGACUUGAAAAGGACCAAGCAGCUGGGGUACUUGCACUUUCAUCCAAUCCCUGGAGUGAGACACCCGAAGUUCUGGGAUGCUAUCCUCGAGUUUUGCAGACUGUGGACAUACCCGACGAUUUCCAUCAGCGUGUGCGCAUACGUCUUUUUCCAAUAUUGGUGGAUCUGUUCCAUCAUGACCAUGGAGCCAUUGGCAUAUGAGACCAAACGGGUGCAAGUACAAGGAUUGCUGUUCAUCGGCCUCAUUGUCGGUCUGGUCUUCGCCGAGGUCUUCUGUUCGGGGAAUCUCAGCGACUGGCUUGUUGCCCGGCUAGCCCGCCGCAAUAAUGCCCAGCGGGAACCCGAGAUGAGACUGUGGUUGGGGUAUCCCGCCGCAGUCGUGUCAUCGGUCGGGCUCAUUGUUUGGGGCAUCUCCGUUGAACGUGGCUGGCACUGGAUGACCGGCGAAGUCGGGAAUACGGUAUUGUCCACGUACAUUGUGGACAAUUAUCCCGAGUUCGCCAUGGAAGUCAUCAUGUUCUAUUCGGUGGUGAUCAAUGUGAGUGGGAAUAUGGGAUGUUCGAGAUGUGGUGGUUGA